AUGUUCUCUUACAAGAGUUUGGCCGGUCUCUUCAUGACCUUGUCCUUGGCAGCCGCCAACAUCGAUACUCCCUCUGGUGCCGAUAUGUGUGAGAGCCAAGGCGAAGGCAGCUGCCAGUUUGCGACUUUCGACAUUACCGAUGACUCUGGCGGCAUCUGCUCAACCGCCUUGACAAGACAGGCGGUUAUCUACGACCACGCUUGCAACCAGAUCGGUUGGUCUAGCGACUUCUUCCAGGAAGGUGAUUCGAUUGACUCUCAGUUGCCAUACACCGUCAGCAUUAUCAAUGAGAAUGGUGGUCAGACUGCGGACUGCCGUAUGAAGUAUACUAUUAGCUACAGUGAUGGCACAUAUGGAUACGGUAUGCCCGAGAAUGGUGCCUGGAACUCAUGCGACGCCGAGUCCGGAAAAGCCUGCAGCUGGUACCGUACGGCAUUCCCUUGCCCUGGUUUCUAG